GGCGAGGCGGAAGCAGACCAUCCUCGUCUGGUCCGGCAUCUCUCUCUCUCUCCGCGGAGAAAACCCUCCUCUCUCACGCUACUUCUCUCUUUUACAUCGGCCGCUUCCCAUCACCGGACUCCCUCAGCCUUUGUCGCUCACACUGCCCAACCAAAAUGCUAUCACAGAGGUUCCUGUUGCUACGGUCGACGGCGUCCCUGACGACCAGGGCGUUCUGUGCGGGGCGCGUGGCUAAGAGCGGCAGGGCGCCAGAUAUGGCUGAAGGAAGCGCACACUUACACGUGUCCAACGUGCGCAACAGGCUGAGAGAAAUAGUGGGAGCUUCCACUAACUGGAGUGACCACCAGCAGGCCCUAGCGGAGCGCGUGUCGCUGUCGUCCAUGUUGGCCAAGUCUCAGGCCGAUCUGCCCGCCCGGAGGAUGAAGGACAGCUACAUCGAGGUCCACCUGCCGCUGGGCUCCGAGCCGCAGCUCCGAGAGAAAUACCUGACCUACCACAACACUGUCAGGUUCGGAAGAAUCCUGGAGGACCUGGAUAGUAUAGCAGUCCUGAUCUCUUACUCUCACACUCAUAAUCCGGCUCUGCCACGGUCUCCUCUGUCCAUUGUCACCGCCCUGGUGGACAAAAUAGACAUGAGGCAGCACAUCAUCUAUCCCGACUGCGACAUCAAGUUCACCGGUCAUGUGACGUGGGUGGGGAAGACCUCCAUCGAAGCCAAGAUGCACAUGUCUCAGUUCCAUGACGGAGCGUACAGACCAGUUCUGGAUGCCACAUUCGUCAUGGUGGCCCGAGACCCAGAAAACAAAAGGGCAGCUUUUGUGAACCCGCUGACGCCAGAAGGGCCGGAGGAGAAGAAGCUGUUCCAGGAAGGAGAAACCAAUAAGUCCCGCCGUGUGGAGCUGAGCACUGCAUCUCUACUGAAGGUGGCUCCGACCGAUGAGGAGAGGAAGAUCGUGCACAGCCUCUUCCUCAACACGCUGGACUCAAAGACAGUUAGUUUCCGUAGUCGAGUUCUGCCUCCGACCUCGGUGUGGAUGGAAGACGCCAAGCUGAAAGGACUGGAAAUCUGCCAUCCUCAGGAGAGGAACAUCUUCAACAGGAUAUUUGGAGGGUUCCUGAUGAGAAAAGCCUACGAGCUGGGCUGGGCCAACGCCUGCUCCUACGGAGGCUGUCGACCCAACCUGGUGGCCGUCGAUGACAUCCUGUUCCAGAAACCCGUGGACAUCGGCUCCCUGCUGCUGCUCUCAUCACAGGUGUGUUACACGGAGGGGAAGCACAUCCAGGUCAGAGUUCACUCGGAGGUGUUCGACCCGCUGACCCGGCAGCACAACACCACCAACGUCUUCCACUUCACCUUCGCCUCGGACAGCGACGUGCCCAACAUCGUCCCGAAGACGUACGGAGAGUCGAUGCUCUUCCUGGACGGCAAGAGACACUUUAACCAGACGGUGACUCACUGAGAGCCCGGGGGCCGCCAUGACACUUCUGCCGCCUGCCAAAGCCUUAGAGGGAGUGUGUGUGUGUGUGUGUGACUGUGUGAGUGUGUGUGCAUGUGCGACCAGACGCUUAGAGGAAUGCCAGAGAGCUUUAAUAUCGUCCACAUCUCUUUAUAUUGCACUACGUAACUUUCCAUAAUCUGCAUGCUGCAUUGUUAUGUGUUGUUUUUUUGUUUGUUUGUUUGUUUGGUUGUUUUUUUUACAUUUUAUUCAAAAGGGUGGAGAACAAGACUGAUGUUUACUGAUGUUCAUUUUAUUCACUACUCAUUUUUGAUAGCUGUAACCGGGGGUUGGAAAAUGCCAUUUUUUACUGUGGCUGGCACAGUUUGUCUGCAGAGGUGCUUCUCAUGUCCAAACACGAUUUUAUUUGACUGGUGAAACAGUAAAAAAAGGAGGAUUUCUCUUCAUAUCCUGGUAGAAACCAACAUGUUACUGCACUGUUACACGCUUUGCAUCGCUUCAUGUUACAUUUUUAUAUUCCACUGUCGCUUCAACGCACAAAACUCACUGCAGCUGCUCAAACUUUUUUUAAAAACUUUUUUAUUUUACAUGGAAACUUGAUUCUGAACGUGUGCGACCGUCUGCCUGGUUGUUGUGAGUGGAAGGAAGAUGCUGUCAUGGAGAGAAGUUGAUGAAAUGCAAUAAAUGAAUGCCUGUU